AUGGUUGAAUCAAGAUUUAUAGGAUUAAAAUCUCGUGGAUGUUAUGAAUCACCUGCAGCCACAGUAUUGCGCGUUGCACAUUUGGAUCUUGAGGGAAUUACACUUGAUGGACAAGUUCGUCAUCUUAAAGAAGUAAAUCUUAGUAUUCCUUAUGGCAGAGUUCUUUAUAAUGGCCUUUACUUUUCACCUGAACGUGAAUUCCUUUCACAUUCACUUGAAUUCACACAACGUAAUGUCAACGGUGAGGUUAAAAUCAAACUAUAUAAAGGUAAUGUCAUCAUUGAAGGCCGCAAAGCCUAUGGGGUAGGAUCUAAACUUUAUGAUAUGAGAGAAAGUUCAAUGGACGAACAUGGUGGAUUGACACCUACUGAUGCUGGUGGUUUCAUUAAUACACAUGCUAUUAGACUUAGAAAAUGGGUACCAGCUGAUAAACAAUAA